AUCACAUAUAUCUCCAGAAAAUAGACAAAGCGAGUAUAAAAUAAGAGUUCAAUCAAUCAAAUUUCUUUUAGGAUCGGCUCUCACAUUUGGCUAAUCGAAUUGGAGGGUUGACAAAGGACAUAACUGAGUUGCAGAUUUUACAGUGAUAUGAAAGGCUUUGAUUUUGCUGUUUUAGGUGAAAAUUAUAUAUCUGGUGAAAUCUAGGUAGUUUGUUACAUAAUGAGUAGGUUUCGGAAGAAUGUUGAUGCUUGUAAUGAUGGGAAUGCCCCUAAAGGAUAUUGUGCAAAUCAAGAUUAUAGUGAGGAUUCUGAUUAUCUUGUUCAUGAUAUUGCUCAACACACAAACCUUAGGUCAGGACCCCAUGAACUUCUCUCCCGAGGUGUUCUGGGAAAGCGGAAAUUACCUGUUUCCCCGGUCAAAAUGUUGGUCGGGCGAGAGGGUAAUUUUACAGGUAGAGGGAGAUUUUCAUCAGCUGAUGGUUGCCAUGUUUUAAGUCGGUAUUUGCCUGUCAAUGGUCCCAGGUGCUUGGACCGGCUUCAAAGUCGAGCAUAUGUGUCACAGUUUUCAGCUGAUGGUUCUCUUUUUGUUGCUGGAUUCCAGAAAAGUCAAAUUAGGAUAUAUGAUGUGGAAAGGGGCUGGAAAGUUCAGAAGAACAUCCUGGCAAAAAGCUUGAAAUGGACAAUUACUGAUACCUCUCUUUCACCGGAUCAGCAUUUUCUUGUGUAUUCUAGUUUAUCCCCUGUUGUUCACAUUGUGAAUGUCAGAUCUGCUGCCUCAGAGUCGAUUGCAAAUAUUACGGAAAUCCAUGAUGGGUUGGAUUUUUCAGUUGAUGAUUACGAUGAUGAUGAUUAUGAUGCACUUGGAAUCUUCUCUGUGAAAUUUUCCACUGAUGGAAAAGAGCUUGUUGCUGCAAGUAGUGAUAAUUCUAUAUAUGUUUAUGAUCUUGAGUCAAAAAGGCCUAGCCUCCGAAUCCCGGCUCACAAGUCUGAUGUUAACACUGUGUGUUUUGCUGAUGAAACUGGGCAUCUCCUAUUUUCUGGCAGUGAUGAUCAUCUCUGUAAGGUGUGGGACAGGCGUUGCUUUGGCACUAGAGGAAAAGCAGCUGGAGUCUUGAUAGGGCAUUUAGAAGGGAUUACAUUCAUUGAUAGCCGUGGAGAUGGCCGUUAUUUCAUUUCGAACGGCAAAGAUCAGACCACAAAACUCUGGGAUAUACGAAUGAUGUCUUCCAAUACCCCAUACACUCGAAGGCCAAGAGAUACUGACUUUGACUACAGAUGGAUGGAUUACCCAACUCAUGCAAGAGCCUUGAAACAUCCCCACGAUCAGUCAUUAGCAACAUACAGAGGCCACAAUGUGUUGCGUACUUUGAUUCGUUGUUACUUCUCUCCAGCAUAUAGCACCGGUCAAAAGUACAUUUACACUGGCUCUAGUGAUGGUUCACUUUAUAUAUAUGAUCUGGUGACGGGUGCCCAAGUAGCAAGUUGUCAUGGUCACGAAAAACCAGUUAGGGAUUGUAGUUGGCACCCAUUAUAUCCAAUGAUCAUCACCUCCUCCUGGGAUGGUGUGAUUGCAAGAUGGGAAUUUCCGGGCAGCGAGGAAGAACCCUCAGAGACAAGAGGCAGAGAAAGAAGACCUAGCUUUUGAAGAUUAGGGAUUGUUUGACAUACUUUGAGAGUUAUUUGUAUAGAUGAAAUCAUAGAGGUUUUGCUUGUUUUGCUCAGCACUUCUAAAAAAACAAAAUGUAGCCACUUUUAUACAUGGAUUUAAAUUAAGUUAUAGUGGGGAGAAGAACCAUAAUGAAUGGGUAUCAUGCUAUCAUCUUACAACAA